GUGUGGGAAGAAAAGGUUUCUUCUUUUCUGGAAGGAGAGCAGUAGUGGAAGAAGGUUCUUUCCAGGAAUCACCUCGUGCUCAUGGCAGUUUCCGCUUCGUCCGGCUCUUGUGCUGCGGCCGACGCUCGGCUCGGUUGCUCUUGUCGUCGUAGCGUACGGACCUGAACGAUUUUGGUAGAAGCCCUCACUGUCGACCUAAAGCCACGUUUUGGGUUCCUGUGCCCUCUUUCAACUUGCAGGCUCCUCGUGCAGACCAUUAAAAAUACCAAAUCGUAUAUUUUUUCUCAGUUAUUUUUUUAUUUCUUUCUUUCGUGUUUCUGCUUUUCUGAGGGUUUGUCCGCGACAUCGAAGUCCUCGCUUAGUGUUUCCAUAGACAUUUUACAAUGUCGUCGGAUCCCGACGAGCCGAGCAACAAGUCCGUGAAGGAGCUCAGCAGCAUCUUCGGAAAACGGGUCACGGCUAAUACCGGAGCUCCAGCUGCUUACGUGGCGAAACUCCACGCAGCCAAUGCGAGCGCAGGCUCUUCCGGCGACCCGCCAAAAAUCACGCGGAGAUCCUCUGGACCGGUUUCCACCGAAGGCUUAAUCCGCCACCCUUCAGGCGGGAUUCAGAGUCCGCAGUCUCAGGACGGAAAUGCUUCGGAAUCUAAGCGAGAUUUUAAGGAUGAGACUAAAGGACCGGUACCUGGCCGUUCAGGUCUCCGGCCGGUUGGGACUAGCACAGGCAGCGGUAAAGGCCCGCGACCAUCGUCAGGCGAUGGCUCGAAAGGUCCUUCUUCCUCCUCCUCCUCAUCGUCCUCGUCCUUUUUACCCCAGGUUAAGCUCCGUCACACGGCGACAGGACCACCUGGAGGAAAGAAAGACGCACCGGCAGAGAAAAAAGACUCACCUGCGGGGAAAAAGGAGUCCGCUGCAGGAGCAAAAGACGCAGCUGCGGGGGUGAAAGACUCGCCGUUGGUGGGGUCGUCCGCUGCUUCGAUCAGGGACGGAAAGAAAGAAUUGCCGCGUUCGCCUCGGCAUUCCCGAACCAAGUCUAGCAGCCGCGCAGGUGCCGAGCCUGAGCCGCUAGGCCUGGCUUCCCCUGGCUCGACUGCCAGGGCUGCUGCUGCGAAAUCGUCGCCGGUGCAACGGUCGUUUUCGCCGGGCGGGAACUACACGCGAGAAGAGAUUCGUAAGAUGGAACAAAUGCUGCACAAGUUCGAGGAGGACCUGGAGCUGAGCAACUUCGAGCUGGCGGCGCUGAGGGCGCGGCACAUGGAGAAGGUGGGGCGGCUGCAGGUGGUGGAGGAGGAGAUCGUCAUCAGCGAGCAGCGCAACAAGAGCCUGCAGCUUGCUUUGGCGGCCAUGGAGAAGGAGUUAGCCAAUUCGGACUCGAUGAAGGCGAAGCUAAGGAAGAAGCUGGAGGACGAGCAGGCGGGUAAGACAGAGGAAGCCGUCCGGGCAGCCCUCGAAAAGAUUGAGGCAGAGCAGGUGGCGCCGUUGAAGGCCGAGGUUGAGUCUCUCCGGGCAGCUGCGGAAGUUUUGACGGCUGACCUGGCGGCUGCCCGGGCUGCCCGGGAGGCGAAAGAAGCGGAGCUGUUGGGUGCGGAGGCUGCGAAUGAGAAGGUUGGCGGGCAAUUGAGUGAGGAAGAGGCGAAUCACAAGGUGACACGUGGCGAGUUGGAGGUGGCAAGGGAGGAGGUGAAAAAGGCGCAGAAAGAGGCUGAAGAGGCGGAAAAGGUACUGGACGAGCUUAAAACGAAGCACGAGGAGGCUUGUAGCGAGUUGGAGGGGUUACGGGGGACGCAUAAAGGGACGUGCGAGGAGCUCGAAGCGCUAAAGAUAGAGAUAGAGUCUCUUAAGGGGGAGAAUAAAGAGGUAAGUGAGGAGCUGGGAGCGGUUAAGGGGAAGUGGGAGGCAAGGGGGAAGGAAAUAGCGGUUCUGGUAAAGGAGAAGGGGGAAUUGGAAGGUGAGUUGGAGGGUUUGAGAGGGAAGUAUGAGGAGCGAGGGAGGGAGCUGGAGCAACUGCAGCUGCUGCAUGAUAAGACGAAUAACGAGCUGCACGUUAUGGAGGAUGAAAAUGAGAAGCUUCAGAAGGAGGUGGAGGGGCUUAGGGGCGAAGUGGAAGGGUUGAAAGGGGAGAAGGCGGAGGCGGAGGGAGAGAUAGAGAUGUUGAAAGAGAGUGGUGAGGAGAUGAGUAGAGAGAUAGAGGAAUUGAAAGGGAAGAAUGAGGAGAGGAGUAAGGAGGUGGAGGAGUGGAAGGAGAAGCAUGAGGGGUUGGGUAGGGAGUUAGAGGAGGUUAGGAGUGCGAAGGAGGAGGAAAUACAGGCAAAGGAAGGAGAGUUACAGGCGAAGGAGGAGGCGAGAAGGGAAGCCGUGAAAGAAGGGGAGAGUUUGAGGGAGAAAGUAGCAGAGGCGGAAGGGCAGGUGGGGGAGCUGCAGGGGAGGAUGGAGGGACAGGCGAAGGAGAUUGAGGGUCUGUCGGGGGAGCUGGAGGAACGCAAGGAGCAGCUAGCAGCGGCAGAGGGGCAGAGAGAGAGAGGAGGUGGGGCGGCAGUUGGCGGAGGUGGGGCGGCAGUUGGCGGAGGUGGGGCGGCAGUUGGCGGAGGUGAGAGGGGAGAAGGAGGAGUUGGAGGGAGGGUGAAGGAGUUGGAGGGGAGGGUGAAGGAGUUGGAGGGGAGGGUGGAGGAGAUGGGGUUGGAGAAGGAGGCUCUGGAGCUGGAAAAGGCGGAGGAGGAAAGGUUGGUGAAGGAAGCGAUUGCGGCGAGAGAGGGGGUUGAGAAGAAGCUCCUGGAGGCACGAGGGGAGGUGGAACAGAGGAGGAGGGAGGUUGAGGAGGUGACUACAGCGAAGGUUGCGUUAGAAGGGGAGUUGGAGAAGGUGAGGGGGGAGUCGGAGGAGAGGGGGAGGGAAUUGGACGAGCUGAAAGGGAAGUAUGAGGUCGUGAUGUCAGACAACCAGGCGCUGAUGUCAGCGCAGGCAGCGCUGGCGGGUAAGAUCGAGGAGGUGACUGUAGCGAAGGAAGGGUUGGCUAAAGAGCUUGAGGACAUGACUAUAGCGUUGGAAGGGUUGGGUAAAGAGCUUCAGGAGGAGAAGGAGGGGCGGGCGGCUGUAGCUGCUGAGCUGGCAGAAACGAGUGCUGAGCUGGAUGGGAUCCAUGCUGCGCUGGGUGGAUCCCAUGCUGAGCUGGACGGAGUCCGUACUGCGCUGGAAUCGCUGACUGCCAUGCACGAGUCCCUUCAGAAAGACCAUGAUGCGCUUAAGGAGCGGAAUAGUGAGAUGAAGAGGGAUCUCGAGAGUAAGUCUGGCGAGGCGGGCGGGCUGGUUGAGGAGAUCAACAAAGUGAGGGAGGAGAGGGAUGAGGGGAGGAAGAGGGAGGAGGAGGGGAGGAAGAGAGAGGAGGAGGGGAAGAAGAGAGAGGAGGCGCUAGCUGCAGACUUAGAGCAGGUGCGAGGGGAGGUUGAACGGCUAAAGGGAGAGCUGGAGGCGGCAGGGAAGGAGAGAGAGGAUUUGAAAGGGAAGCUUGCUGCUGCUGUAGCCGGCCUUGCAGCCGCCGAGGCUGCGGCAUUGGCUCGGGAGGCUGAGGCCGCAGAGGCUCGGGCCGUACUGGAGGGGGAGGUGGACAAGACGAAGGGGCAAGUAGAAGCGUUGGAGAAAGAGAGAGAGGGGUUGAAGGGGGAGAUGGAGCGGGCGAGCAAGGAAAAAGAUGCGUUAGUUGCUGCCCAUGCUGCUGCUUUGGCUGAGCUGGUUGCCGCUAAGGGAACGGUGGAGGAGGAGGGGAGGAGUUGGCAGGAGAAGCAUGAGCAGGCGGUUAGGGAGAUAGAGGGAGUGAGAGAGGAGGCGGAGGGGAAGCAGAAGGAGCUUUUGGCUCGGGCCGAAGCUGCAGAGGUUCGGGUGGGGGAGCUGGAGCAGGCUCGGGACGAAGCUGUGGCUUUUGUUGGGAAGACCCAGGCUGCUUUGGAGGCUGCGAAUGAGGAGAUUGUGACUAUAAAGGGGGAGAUGGAAAAGAGGGGAGGGGAAGUGAAGGAAUUAAAGGAGGUAUUGGAAAGGGAAAGGGGCGAGAAGGAGGAGUUGAGUGCAGAGAACGAGCGGCUGAAAGAGAAAGUGGAGGCGCUUAUAGAGGGGAUGGAUGGAACCAAGGACGGAAUGACUGCUGAAGUGAACGCACAUGAGAAGACAAGGGAAGAGCUGGGGGAAGUGAGAAAGACCCUUUUGAGUGUGCAAGGCGAGUUAGAGGGAGUGAGAAGGGAGCUGGAGGAGAGUGAGGAGGGGAGGAGGGAGGCCGAGGAGGAUCUAGAGGUGGCUCAUGCGGCUGAGGCGGCGGCUAGGGCUGAGGCUGCAGCGGCGUCGGCGGCUGCAGUGGCGACAGCAGCAGCUAAGGACGGCGAGCUGGCAGAGAAAGAGAGGGAGCUGGGGCAGGUGAGGGAGGAGCUGGGGCAGGCGAAGGGUGACGUGGCGAGGCUAGAAGCGGAGAUUCGUGAGAAAGAGGAGAGGAUAUCGGUACUGGAAGGGGAGGUUGUAGAGAAAGGGGAGAGGGUUCUGGUGUUGGAAGGGGAGGUCCUAGAGAAAGGAGAGAGGAUUGUGAGGUUGGAAGGGGAGCUGAAGGAGGCUCGGGUGAGCGCAGAAGCAAAGGAGGCUGCUGCUGCUGCUGUGAGGGAAUCGGCGAGAAUGUCGGAGGGAGAGGCACAGAAGAAAGUGCAGGAGCUGAUGGGUAGGGUGGAGGGGAUGGAGAGGGAGAGGAGGGAGGGGGAGGAGCGGGAGGAGGGGUUGAGGGAGGAGGUGAGGGCGGCCAAAGAAGCGGAGGAGGAGGCACGGGAGGGGGCUAGGCUGGCGGCGAGUAGAGGGAGUGAGAUGGUGGCGGUGAUGGAAGGGGAACUGGAGGAGGUGAGGGGGAAUUUGAAGGAGAGAGAGGAGGAGGUGGAGCGAGUGAGGGAGGAGGUAGAGAAGGUGAGAGGGGAGUGGGCGGCGGAUGUGGAACGGAUGGGAAGAGAGAAGGAGGAGGCUGUCGGGAAGCUCGAGAAGGAGAAGGAGGAGUUGGUGAGCAAGAUGGAGCAGGAAAAGGGCGCUUUAGAGGAGCUAGUGAGGACGCUUACAGAGAGGAUGGGAGACAUGGAGGAGGCGAGGAGUGGGUUGGAGGAGACUAGCAGGAAGCUGGCAGGGAGGGUCGAGGAUCUAGAGGGGGAGAGAGAUAGAUUGGAGGAGGAACGAGGCAGACUGGAAGGGGAGAGGGGGGUACUGGAGGAGGGAAGGCAAGCCAUGGUUAUACGAGUGGAGGGGUUGGAAGCGGUUAAGAGGGAGUUGGAGGAGAAAGCGGCAGGGAUGGAAGGGGAGAGGGGAGGAUGGAGGAGGAAGAUGAGGAUGGCUGCGGCACUGGCAUCGUCUGCUGCUGUGGCGGCGGGGGGGGAGAAGCAGAUCAGACAGGCACGGGCAGAGAGGGAAGCUGCUCUGGCUGAGAAAGCAGCCGCGGAAGCGGCGCAGAGAGCAGCAGAGGCUGCAGCAGAGGAGGCGAGGAGCCGAGAGGGAGAGGCAAGGGCAGCGGCAGAGAAUGCAUUGUUGGAGGCUGGUAGGGCGAAGGAGGGUGAGGAGUUGGCUCGGACCGAAGCUGCAGAAGCUUUGCAGGGUGCAGAGGCAGCAAGAGCCGAGGCUGCCGAGGCCAGACUAGCAGCGGACACCGCUCUGGCCGAGGCUGCAGAGGCUAGGGAGCGUGCAGGCGAGGUGGAGGGGGAGUUGGAAGCGGUGCAGAGGGAAAUGGAGGUGUUGAGAGUGUCAGAAGCAGCAGCUAGAUCUGCGGCAGAAGAGGCCAAGGUAGGGGGGUCUGUUCGGCUGGCGGCUAGUUUGUGGAGAGCCAGGGUGAAUCAGGGCAGCUUGGAGAGAAAGUGGAAGGAAGGGGAGGAGAAACGGCGAGCCAAGGAUGCUGCUGCUGCUGCGGCAGCAGCGGGGGCGGCAGCUGCGGCAGCAGUGGCAGCGGCCGCAGCAGAAGCGGAGAAAGACAGGGUGGUAAUAGAGAAGGGAAAGAUGGAGGCGGAAUUGUCUGCUAAGGUGGCUGCUGUGGAGGGAGAGCUGAAGACGGCUCGGGAUGCCGAAGGGGAGCUCCGGCUGCAGGUUCGGGCGCUCCGCCGAACCUUGGAUGCUCUGGAAGGCGAGGUUCGGAAGUGGAGGGAGGAGGCUAAGAUACGGAAGAAGCGGAGUGAAGAGGCAGCAGCUGACACGCUGAGGAAGUGGCGGGAGGUGGCUGGGAGGAGCAGUGUGGAGGAGAAUGCUGCAGAAACUGCAGCUGGUGCUGCUGCUGCUGCUGCUGGUAGUGAUGCUGCUCCUUCUGCGGCAAGGAUGUUUCCAGGAAGGAGCUCGUCGUACACCAUGGCAACUAACCGCACCAGUUUGCCCUCCAUUCCCACGUCAGGGGCUCUGGCGGGGGGGCCAGGCGAUGCUAACGAGGUUAUGUUUGCCAAGAGUGCGGAGUUUCACCCAGGUCAGCUGCGGGCGAUUCGGCAUUUUAUGAGUGCAGGCCAAUCGGGCCCAUCAUCUGCGGUUGCUACACCCCGGGGCGGACCCGCAUCGGCUACAGGAACUCCGCCUCCUUCCCUGAGGGCAUCCAUGGGGUUACCGGCUCCGGUGAGGAUUAAGAGACUCGAGGGAGAAGGAACAGGUCGGCGUGGAACAUCAGGGAACAAGCCUGGAUGGAGGAAGUCUAUGAUAGGAUUUUUAGGGAAAAAGGCGGUGAAGAGUGAAGCGAACACCCCUCGUGGCACGGACGUUUCUCAGAGUGCCAUCUUUUAGAUCGGUUGUUAGUGUUUGAUAGGCUAAGGAAAAGGGUUCGUUUUCAUCAACCAGAAUAACGGGAAACGUUCAUUUCACGGCCAUUUGGAGCAUAGUUUUCCGUGUUUUCCUGCUUCCAGCUCUGCUCUAGGAACUGUUAGGCUACGUCCUUAGAACGUUCUCCUGCAACGUUUGUGUUCCGACUGCGUGUAGUGUUCCUACCAGUCGAUGCUCUUCUCUAGGGUGGCACAAGGUUGUAAAUUACGUCAUUUCCGGGGUUGUUGAGAAGUCGUGGUGUAGAGGCGUCCACUGCGUUUUUUAGGGUUACGCCUUCCAUUUCUCUCCUGAGUUUGAAGGCUCGUCCAGAAGAUGGCGUCGGAGGGCGGGAUGCCGCCAACCGGGGGAGGUGGCAAGAAGGGUGGAGGCGGGUUCACGGCGCAAUUUAGAGACGUCAGCUCAGGCGGGGGGGGUCCCGGCAUUCCCGGAGCCCCACAAGACGAAGGUCAACAAAGAUGCUCCUCCUGAGCCGGAGAAGGCCAAGUGUGGAUGCGUCAUACUCUAACCCCCAUAGCACGCACUGAACUCUGCAAUCUCGACCUUCCGUGUGUGCUAUGGGCGAAGUGGAGUGGUGCUCGUGCUGGCUGAAGAGACAGAUUUUUGGAGUGCUUGGGCGGAUUGUUUUGUUGGCCCUCCCAAAAGUUGAUGGGUGUCGGACUCAGUCAAGAGAAGCAGCAUUUGCAUGGAGCAGCUUCACAAGUGGCUGCAUUAUGGUUUUGAAAGUGGGUCCUCGGCAUGGGUCUGCAGGACGGCUUUACUGUCGGGAUAAGUUGAAGAUGGAUGGAACACCUCUGUUACUGAGCUUGUGAAAUAGGGGUACUUCCAGGGUCGAUUGAGGGAAAGCUUCGGCAGUUGUAGGUUUGGUAGGAAACAGCACUCCUGGCUGCUACUGGUGAACCAAAAACAGUUGCUAUGUUACUAGGUUUUGUUGUUACAUGCUUAGCGAAAUGGUAGUUAUUAAUUAAACAUGCUUAGGUGCUGUGCUGUGUAGUGCUCGUUGGUUGCUUGGGAUUGGUGAUGUUGAGACUUAAAUAAAGAUUCCCAUCGGAA